UCUCUCUCUCUCUCUCUCACUCUGUGCUGCGAGGCCAAUUUUUUUGUAAAAUGACCACUAUAACACUCAUGUCUGAAAUUUGAGCUCUCUUGACAUGGCAAGGGGUAUCAAUGCCAUCGCCAACACAUGCUCACCAAUUUCCACCCACUUCGCCUCUCUUUUGCAAGCUUUCAUUGACAAGAAGAAGCCACUGUCAUCAGCAAAGUCUCUUCAUGCCCAAAUUUUCAAGUGCUGCCUUUCCUCUGAUAUCUUUCUAUCCAACAAACUCAUUGAACUCUACUCCAAAAUGGACCAAAUUUCAGUGGCUCACAAAGUCUUUGAUAAAAUGCCUCAUAAAAACAUUUAUUCAUGGAAUGCCAUUGUUGGGGCUUACUGCAAAUCUGGUGAAAUCGAUGAAGCAAACCAACUAUUUCUAAAGAUGCCUCAGAAAAACACUGUUUCAUGGAAUACUUUAAUUGGUGGCUUGGUUCGAAGUGGGUUUGAUCAGAAGGCCUUAAACACGUAUUCUGAGAUGAAUAUAGAGGGAAUUAAGCCUACCCAUUUUACUUUUGCUAGUGUUCUAAGUGCUUGUGGUAAUUUACAGGACUCGUGCAAAGGAAUUCAGGUCCAUGGCCGAAUAGUAAGAGAUGGGCUUGAGCUUAACACAUACGUAGAGAAUGCUCUUGUUUCUAUGUAUGCUAAGUCUGGUUCUAUGGCCUAUGCUUUGCAAUUGUUUAGAGAGAUGAAAGAACCAAAUGAGGUCUCUUGCACUGCCAUAAUGUCAGGGCUCGCACUAACUGAUAGCUUAGAGAAGGCUUUCAUGAUGUUUAGAGAGAUGCUUAGACAUGGAAUUAAAAUAGAUGAGGUUGCUUUAUCAGGUAUUCUUGGCAUAUGUGUGAAGUCAUGGACCGGAGGCUUGGAUCUAACGAGUUUGGAGAGAGAAAUCAGUAGUUUUGAAAUUGGAUUCUCGGGCUUAGAGCAAGAAAGUGGUAGUUUCCAUGUUGGGCUUUGUGGUUUAGAGCAAGAAAGUGGUAGUUUUGAUUUGGGGUUCUCGGGCUAUUUACAGUGUACUCAGAUACAUGCCCUUGCUAUUAGAGCUGGGUUUCAGUCAAGUUUGAUUUUUGGGAACUCUCUGCUUGACAUGUAUGUCAAGUUUGGGGACAUGGGUAGUGCUGAAUCAGUUUUCAUGUCAUCGCCUGAGCUUAAUGUAGUUUCUUGGAAUGUUAUGAUUGCAGGCUAUGGUUCUCUUUCUCUAGGGGAGAGAGCAAUGGAGCUUCUAAGAGAGAUGCAAGAGCUUGGCUUUGCACCAGAUGGGAUCACAUAUUCUAGCAUGCUUGGUGCCUGUGUGAAGUCCAAUCUCAUACAAACUGCUCGCACCAUGUUUGAUAAGUUGGAGAGCCCGAGCGUGAGCUCAUGGAACACUAUAAUCUCUGGGUAUUUUAAGAGAGAAAACUACGAGGAGGCAAUCAAUUUGUUUAGAGAGAUGCAGCUCGAGAAUACAUGGCCUGACCGGACAACCCUAACUAUUAUGCUUAGCUCCUGUGGUGAAAUUGGGUUCCUUGAUGGUGGAAAACAGGUCCACUCUUUCUCUCUCAAGAUGAUAGUUUUCAGUGACCUUUUUGUGGGGAGUGGGCUGAUAGAUAUGUACUCAAAAUGUGGAAAGAUUGAUCAUGCAAAGUUUGUUUUUGAUAGGAUGGAGGAGAGAGAUGUUGUCGGGUGGAAUUCCAUGAUUGCAGGCUUUGCCAUUAAUGCAUUGAACACAAAGGCUUUCUCUCUCUUUAAGGAGAUGCAGAGAGCAGGGAUGAUGCCUACCCAGUUCAGCUAUGCUAGUGUGAUAAGUUCAUGUACUACUCUAGCUUCCAUAGCUCAAGGCAGACAGCUUCAUGGUCAGAUAAUCAAAGCUGGGUUCCUCUCUGAUAUAUUUGUGAACACUGCAAUUAUAGACAUGUACUCAAAGUGUGGAAACAUCGAAGGGGCCUUCCAUACUUUCUCUCUCAUGCCUAAGAAGAAUAUCGUCUCCUGGAACGAGAUGAUAAAUGGAUUUGCUCAGAAUGGGUGUGCAGAUAAGGCUUUAGAGAUAUUUAGAGAGAUGAUCAAAACUGAUAAAAAACCAGAUCACAUAACCUUCAUCGCAGUUCUAACAGCUUGUAGCCAUGGAGGUCUGGUCGAAGAGGGUCUCAAUAUCUUGCAUUCUAUGGAAUCUCAAUAUAAAAUCACUCCAAUGGCUGAUCACUACGCUUGUGUGGUCGACUGUCUAGGACGAGCAGGUAGGUUAGAAGAGGGAGAAAACCUUAUAAAUGGCCUACAAUGCCCAUAUUCAUCUGAUCCUAUAAUUUGGGGUAUUUUGCUUAGUGCUUGCAGGGUAUAUGGUAAUAUAAGUGUAGGCAAAAGGUCAGCUGAGAAGCUCUUUUGUUUGGACCCAGAUAAUCCGGCGCCGUAUGUUCUUCUCUCUAACAUUUAUGCUGAAAUAGGAAGAUGGGAUGUAGCUUUGGCCGUUAGGAAACUAAUGAGAGAGAGAGGUGUUGUGAAGAAUCCAGGCCGUAGUUGGAUUGAGGUUAGAAGCGGGAUUCGAGCUCUUUCUGUUGAUGAUAGUUUUAUGAUGGCUGAUGAUGAAUUGAGAUGUGAAAAUAGUGAGAGAUAGGGGGUAACUAGAUUACAUAUGGCUUCUUUUAAGAGCAAAAAGCUAUGAUUUCUCUCUCUAACUUGGGUAGAAAAAAAUUCAAAAGUCCAUCUUUAUCCAAAAAUUGAGCCACAGAGAGAGAGAGAGAGUGAGAGAGAGAUCUCAAGAUUCCUAAAUUGGGUACCAAAAUCCGAGCUGACUGUGUAUGUACUUUGUGUAUCCAUUUAUCGUGUUGCAAUUUGUGAUCCAUACUUCACUGAUGAAAUUUAACAAUUAAACACAUGGCAAUGGCCAAUGUCCAUUAUUUGAUCUCGAGGUGAAGGAGAUCAGAGUUAGAUUUUGGAGACGGCCACAAAUGCAAACACGAAGAACAGAGAGAGAUCCGCAUAUGCAACGAUGCAAACAAAAAGACAAGAAUCAGAAAUGUGGAUAGAAAAAGACAGAACCACAGGUUCAAUUCUGCUGAUUUGUUGUCCCCAAAAAAACAAAGAAAAAAGAAAGAAAGAAAGAAGAAUAAUAUGUAAGAGAAAUAUGGGUUCAAUCCCACUGACUUGUAUACUUUUUACCAAUGCAUACACUGCUUUAUUAUACUAAGUGUCUCAAUAUCUUGUUAUU